AUGCCUUUACCAUAUUUAGUCACCACUACUACAACUUACAUUCUCAUAGACUUCCAACAGUUAAACUGAAAAAAGUGUUAGAAUUUCCAAACUUAUUUAUUUAUCAUACGUUGUUAAAAAAAAGACCGCACAUGACCGUUAUUCCAGUUAGCAGCAUUUUUGCCAACUUGUGUUAGCGUUCCUCUCUUUCAAAGAAACGCGGCUCUCUCUUAUAUAUCACUUGUUGUUGUUCCUUAUUAUAUAUAAUAAAAAAACUAACCUAAAUGCUAAAUCACGAAGAAACUCAACCUUACCCCAAACUUGUUCUUAUGUAAACCCUAAUUUCCUUUACCUUACCCAUUUUCUUGUGUUAUACAUACCAAAUAUCCAACUUAAAGUUGGAUUUUUUUCCCUUUUGUGGAUUGCCCUAACCUUAAUCACUCUCAAAAUUCUCAUUUGUAUGCUAUUUGCUUGGAUUUUGAGGGAAUUGAAGUUGAAUUAUAGUGGAGUAAGAUAUGGAGAUGAAGAAAGAAGGUGAAAAAUUUGGUGAUGGAGUUGCAUGGUAUAGAGGAGCAAUGGUGGGUAAAGGAAGUUUUGGGUGUGUUUAUUUGGCUACUUUAAAGAACCCCAGGUUGAAUUACAGCUAUUUUCCAGCAGUUAUGGCUGUGAAAUCUGCUGAGGUAUCGGUUUCGGGUUCGAUUCAGAAGGAGAGGGAAGUUCUUAGCAACAUCAAGGGUUGUCCUUAUAUAAUUCGUUGCUAUGGUGAUGAAAUAACUACGGGUGAGAAUGGUGCUAUGGUUUAUAAUUUGUUGUUGGAGUAUGGUUCAGGUGGAACCGUAGCUGAUAGGAUCAACAAAUCAGGGAGCGAAAACGGGUUGUCUGAAUUUGAGGUAAGGCAUCAUACGAGAUCUAUGCUUAGAGGGUUGCUUUAUAUUCAUACGAUUGGUUAUGUUCAUUGUGAUAUGAAGCCUGAUAAUGUAUUGCUUGUCGCGAAUUCUAGUAAGGGGAGCACUGAAUUUAAGGCUAAGAUUGCUGAUUUAGGGUUAGCUAAGAGAGAAAAUCAGAGCAAGAAGAGGAGGUUGGAGCCUUACUGGAGGGGUACUCCAAUGUAUUUGUCACCUGAAGCUGUUGCUGAUAAUGUACAAGAGUGUCCUGCUGAUAUUUGGGCAUUGGGGUGUAUUGUACUUGAGAUGUUAACUGGAAAACCUCCAUGGGAUAAGGAGGAGGAUAUGGAAGCUGAGGAUGUGCUUAGAAAGAUUAGGGGAGGGCAUGAAUUGCCUAAAUUUCCAGGCAAUUUAUCGAAGGAGGCAAAAGAUUUCUUGAAGGGUUGUUUCGUUAGGAAUCCUAGGUAUAGAUGGACUGCUGAGAUGCUGUUGACUCAUCCAUUUGUUGACGGAUUAAGUGAUGAUGAAGGAGUUGAACAACCACUGGAGGUUGAGGAUAUAAGCAUAGUUGAUUCUAUUCUCCUGGUUACUGAAAGUGCUGAUGAAUUCACGUAUUGCUCUGAAGAUUGGAGCUGUGCUUCUGAAGAUGAUUCCAUUGGUUACUGGUCCGAGGAAGCUUAUGAGGAUAUAGAGGAUGAAAUGACAUCUUAUUUUGCUGAAGAAGGGUUAUUUAAAGUUGAAAAAAGUAUUACUGUUAUAAGCUCCACUAUUGAUGGUGGUUCUGAUCAUAUAAUUGAUCCAUCAGUUGAGGUCCCUUCUGGGAGUCCAUCAAACAAUUCGCCGAAAUGUCCAUUAAGUAUUACCAUUCCUGCAGGAGUCUAGCAAUAGUUGGCAGGAUGGAGAUUUAAGCAUUGAAUUAUCCGCUAAAUUCAUUGAUUCGUUACUAGAUGUAGCGAUGUAGUCUGUAUGCAGUCUAAAUUGGUUGAGAUUAAAUGAUAAGAUCUGUAUUCUUUUUAAA